AUGACACAGGGAACGCGCAAAGAGUCCAAAGAGGAGCCACAAAACGCCCACGGCCAUCCGGGCUCAAGGAGUGGAGGCGACGCAUCCUCUCCAGGUCGGAGCCCUUCCAGCGCGCAGUCUCCUCCGUCGCGGCCCGUGGCGAGGCGCCCGUCGUGCUCGCUCUCCUCUGGCGCCAAAGACUUGCAGAAAACGCCCGCGUCUGCUUCAGGGGUGCAGUCCCGUAGCACCACUUUGCAGGAGGGAGGAGGCGAGCUCGAUUCGCAGACCCGGCCUUGGCCUUCGUCCCUCGAAGACUCGCCUGCCGACUCGGCGUCGGGCUCGUCCGAGGCGACGGGGAGCGCGCUGGGCACGCAGCGAAGCCGCGGAGAAGGAGCGAGAGGAGAGAAGCAAGUUCACAGGCGACGACGAGGCGCCGCGGAUACGGAAGGGACGGAGGGGUUCGAAGAGGAAGAAGAGCGAACUGGCGACGAACCAGAGCCGGGCGGAAGCCAAGACGCCGAGAAAGACCGAGCCACCGACGCCAGCGAACACUCGUCGGAAGCGUCGCAGACGGAUGAGGAGGAGUCUGAAUACUUAUCUGACGACGAUGAACCAAAGGGACCUCCGCGCAUUCGGUGUCACCGGUGUGCUCAAGUCAUGGAGUUCGAUCCUGGCAGUCGCUUCGUUCAGUGCUACCGCUGCGCGGCGAUCAACUCGGUGCUGUGUCAGGUCAGUGACGACGGCGCGCAUGAGGGUGGCAAGGUAGUCGGAGUCAUCUGUCCAUGCUGUAUGACGACGAACCUCGCGACAUCCGACAAAGUCAUGGUUCGCUGCGGCCUCUGCAGCACCCUCUCUGUGAUUCCGGAGACGAAGACGCCUCCUACGUCCUAG